AUGGAUCACAACGCUGAGAAACAGGAAAUAAAGCGUCUCCACACGAAGCACCGUGUCCGCAACGCGGUUAGUAUGUGGUGGCUGGGUAUGAUAAACAACUUUCACUACACACUGGUGCUCUCAGGCUCUACCGGAAUCGCCGAAAGCUACAACAUGACGAAGUACGUUGCUCUGAUCACGUGGGCCAAUGUGUUUUUUGGUAUUAUCUCGCGUAUCGUAAAUGCCUUCUUAUUGCCAUUGGUGUCCUUUAACAUUCGUGUGACGGCGACAUCAGUUAUGGGAAUCGCGGCGGUGCUGCUGGUGAGCUUCGCGUGGGACAUUGGUGGCCACAAGGACGUGGCUGCCUUCAUUGUGAUGUUGGUUGGAGUCACCUUUAUCGGUAUUGCGAGUAACUACGGUGAGGCUGUUUUCCUCGGCUACAUGGAACGUAUGCCGUCGAAGCAGAUUGGCGCGUGGUCUUCAGGAACGGGUCUGUCUGGUGUGUGUGGGUUGUGCUCUGAUAGCGCCAUUGCAAUGAUGCCGGCAUGUACGGUGUAA